UUUUUGGGUGGUACCUUGAAGAAUGGCUUUCUUAGGUGUUACUUAGAAAAAAUAGGUUUUUGCCAAAGGUCACCCCUCCAGUGGGGUAUUUAGUAUAAGUCCUCUUUCUCAGUGAGUAUUUAGCAGAAGUUGUCUUUCUUAGAUGAAGUAUGUUUCUCAGUAAGGUUUCAGAGGCAUGGUGCCCAUCUGUAGGGCAUUUCAUGAAGGUACUUGCUCAUGGAGGGUAUUUAGAAGAUCUCUGUCCCAAGGGGGCAUUAAGGAGAGAGGUCUUUCUUUGCUAUUUUGGAGAGAAAUCUGUCACCAGGGACAACAAACCCUACCCUCAAGAGAAAGGAAUUCAGAACAAGGGAUCUGUCUCUGGGGGUUAGGUACAAGUAGCUAAAGGUCUUGUCUUUUGAAAUGUAUUUUUAUAGGAAGUUAUGUUUCUGCUGGACAUUUCUGGACAUUGCAGGUUCUGGAUAUCUAAUCUAAAUUAGACCAAUUUGAAUUGAGGAGAUUUCAGUCGCAAUAUUUGAAGGAAGUAUUCUAGAUGUAAGGUACCCAUUUGCAGGAAAACCUCAGACUCUGGGAGGUAUGUAGAGGAGGAUGCCUGUGCUAAUGGGGUAUUUAAUUGAAUAGAUCUGUCUCUGGGGCAGAUUUUUGUUCCUCUAUUGGGAAUUUAAAGGAAAAUUGCUUAUCUCUAAGGAUUCUCUAAGGAGUUAAGAGUCUCUCUGAGCAAUACUGUCUAUCUCUGGGGUAUAUAGCGGAAGAGGUCUGCCCCAGCGGGGUAUAUGUGUCUUUAGGGUAUGUAAGUGGAGAGUCUCUUGAUAGGGUAUUUCUUCGAAUCUAUUUGUGUCUAGGGUAUGUAGAGGACAGGAUUGUAUUUAGAGGAAGACAGGAGGUAUUUCCUCAGAGGGAUAUUUAUUGGUGGUAUUUAUAAGACCUCUUUAUUGGGUAUUUAGGUGGAGAAAUCUCUAACUGGGAGGCAUUUAGUCCACAAUUGAGUCUUGUAAGUGCUUAUUGGACAAAGCUUGUGUUCUCUGUGAUGAACUUUGAGGAUGAGGUCUGUCCAUUGGGGAAUAUUUAGGCAAAAGGUGUGCAGUUGUAGUGCUUUUAAAGGGCGUGGUGUAUUACUCCAGGAAAGGGGGUUUCUGCAGGGUAGUUUGGAGGUGGUGAUAAUACGAAAAGGUAUUGUUAGGGGAUUUUGGGAAAAAGAAAUGAAGCCUGAUUGUGUGUGAGAUAUUAAGGCAAAGAUCUUCGGUGAUGGAUUUUAGACAGCAGGAAUGGUAGAGUAUUUUCUACCUCCCUCGUGUCAGGAGUAGAUCUGCUUCUCCUGUUUGGAUUGGCUCCUCUUCCUGCAUGGAUCAACUUUGACCUGACCACUGACCUUUAAACCUCCAAGUGACUUUUUUUCCGGGGGAAUUGGUGCAACCGAAUCCUGGAUUCUUGUUGAGCACAGAGACUCUAGUCACAGAAUGUUCUGGAAACUGGCCUUACCUGCCAUUCUGGCCUGCACCCUCUGUGCAUCCAUGGAAACUAAGAAGCCCCGCCCAAGAGGCUCCAUCCCGUCCCCAUACAAGCUCAAAGGCAAUGAGCUGAUGUCUUCAUCUUCCAUCAUGCUCUCAUCCCUGCCUCAGCAACCUUCCUCCAAACGGCACAAAGGCAAACAGGAAGUGCUGCUGUCGAGUCAGGAGGCACUGGUGGUGACUGAGAGGAAGUACCUGAAGAGCGACUGGUGUAAAACCCAACCGCUGAGGCAGACUGUUAGCCUGGAGGGAUGCGUGAGCCAAACCAUCAUCAACCACUUCUGUUAUGGCCAGUGCAAUUCCUUUUACAUCCCGCGCCAUCUGGCACCCGGAAACGGACGCCAAGGACGCAAACGGGCGGCGAAAUCCAACCACGGUGCUUCCUUCCAGUCCUGCGCUUUCUGCAAACCUCACCGGAUCUCCACGCUAACCGUACGGCUUCACUGUCCCAGAUUACAGCCACCAUACAGGCAUCGGAAGGUCCAGCGCAUUAAGGAGUGCAGAUGCAUGUCGGUUAGCGUCAAUGACACCCACUGACCGAAAGGGGGUUCGUCUCAAAUGGUUCUCAAUACAACAAACAACCUGAGCCUGUUCUUACUGUGGUGAAUGGACAUGCUAUAGAUUUAAAACCAAAGCAAGAGAGAUGUACCUUGAACUGAUAUCUAGAUGGAUGGAAUUCAGUCAGGACAUGGAUUUGAAGAAGGGAUGUGAAGAAGCGAUAUGUACACUCAAUAAGAAAUAACUGACUAAAUGACUGUGUAAAAAGACAUUGAUGUGCAUUUAUUUGGCAAACGUUUUGGUCUGAAGUGACUUACAUCUGAGCUGAGAAGAUUAAGGUUCUUGCUCAAGGAUCCAACAGCUGGACAAGGAUACAAUGUUUCAACCAUUAGACUAACUCCUGAGCUUUAUUCUGCACAUCCUGGACAAUGGAGUGCUGAUUAUGUUACUGGUCUCAUGGUUAAACCUGUAGUAUGAUGAAGUAGAUAAUCAGACAUUGGGAUUUCAAGAUAUCAAGUCUGGCAAUCCCUUACGGAUACGUUCCAUCCAAGAAACCCCCCCCAAAAAAUGAUGAGAUUUGCCAGUUGUACCACUUCCUGGUCAUGUCACCACUCCUUGCUCAGAGUGAACAUUCUUAUAAAGUCUAUGAGCAUAUGGACUGUCCAGGGUGAUGGUCAAAAUCUGAAACAAUCACAAAAAAUGUGUACACCUUAUAUUAACGCUAACUUUUCUCCAAUCAAUUCUUACCAGCAGAAGACAUAAAUGCAUAGCAUAGAUACUUUGUUGACAUAAAUGAAAUAUAAACGUAUGGAUUUCACGAUACAGGAUCCCGACGGACACGCUGUAGCUGUGAAAACAUCUGGACAAGACCCUGUCCAUUAUACCACUACCUGGCACCUUGAACUGAUUCUGGGGCCUGACUGUCAAUGUGAAUAUUGUGCACAGAUAUGAUCUAAAAAAAGAAAAAGAAAUGACAGUUGCUGAAAGAAAUAGCAAUACUGGUACACAUAUAUCUUGGAGUUUAUUAUAGUUAUUAUUUAGUACAAAGUACAAAUAUAUACAUAAAAAACUUUAUAUAAUACAUCUGUAUUUGUAUAUUGUACAGAAAACUGUAAUGUUUCAGUAAAAACAAACCUGAACUUAUUGACACGGUCUUCUGGUCAGUCUGUUGUUUGGGUACAUUCUGUAUACCGCCAUUGGACACUAUACCACAACAGAAUACAAUGUCAUAUGACAGUACCUAGUGCAUUUGAUUCAGUACCUACUAAAUUCUAUUCAGUACCUACAGCAUUCGAUUCAGUGUCUAGUGCAUUCGAUUCAGUUCCUAUUGACUUGACUCAUUUCCUACUGCAUCUGAAUCAGUCCCUACUGCGUUUGAGACAGUGUCUACUAAAUUCAAUUCAAAACCUACAGCAUUUGAUUCAGUUCCUACUGCACUUGAAUCAGUACCUACUAAAUUCUGUUCAGUACCUACAGCAUUUGAUUUAGUACCUAAUGCAUUUUAGUCAGCGUCUACUAAAUUCGAUUCAAAACAUUUGAUUCAGUUCUUGCCGCAUACAGUUCAGUGGCUACUGCAUUUGACUCAGUUCUUAUUGAUUCGAUUCAGUACAUACUUCAUUCAGUUUCUUUUCCUAAUGAGUUUGAUUUAGUAAAUACUAAAUGUGAUUAAAUACCUACAGCAUUUGAUUCAGUGCCUACUAAAUUCAAUUCAAUAUCUACAGUAUUUGAUUUUGGUGCCUACUGCAUUCGAUUCAUUUCCUACUGCGGUUCCUAUUGAUUCCAAUUAGUUUCUACUGCAUUUGAUUCAGUACCUACUGCGUUUAAGUCAGGAUCUACUAAAUUCAAUUCAAAACCUACAGCAUUCAAUUCCGUUCAUACCGCAUACGAUUCAGUGGCUACUGCAUUUGAUUCAGUUCCUACUGAUUCGAUUCAGAUCCUACUGAAUUCAAUUCAGUACUUAUUGCAUUUGAUUCAGUACUUACUAAAUUCGAUUCAUACCAACAACAUUCAAUUUAGUGCCUAUUAAAUUUCAUUCAAUAUCUACAGCAUUUGAUCCAGUGCCUACUGCAUUCUAUUCAGUUCCUACUGCAUGUGAUUCACUGGCUACUAAAUUCAAUUCAAUACAUACAGCAUUUGAUUCGGUGCCUACUGCAUUCAAAUUCAUUUCCUACUACAUUCAAUUUAUUUCCUAUUGAGUUUGAUUCAGUAAAUACUAAAUUAGAUUCAAUACCUACACCAUUUGGUUCAGUGCCGACUGCAUUCAAUUGACCUCCUACAGCAUUCACUUUAGUUCCAACUGCAUUCGAUUCAGUACCUGGUGCAUUCUAUUCAGUUCCUACUGCAUGUGAUUCACUGGCUACUAAAUUCAAUUCAAUACAUACACCAUUUGGUUCAGUGCCGACUGCAUUCAAUACACCUCCUACAGCAUUCACUUUAGUUCCAACUGCAUUCGAUUCAGUACCUGGUGCAUUCAAUUCAAUUCCUACUGCACUCGUUUCAGUUUGAUUUAGCAAAUACUAAAUUUGACUCAAUUCCUACAGCAUUCAUUCAGCGCCUACUGCAUUUAAUUCAUUUAGCACUGCAUUUGAUUCAGUACCUACUGUGUUUGAUUCAGUAUCUACCAAAUUCAAUUCAAUUCAAGAAAUGAAAGAAUCAGUGGCAAAAAUGCAGAAAUGAACAACUUUCAGUCGUUGGGUCUGUGAUGUAUUCAAUACGUGUAAACUAUCUUGUUGUAAAUCAUUUCAUUUAAAAAAAAAAAAGAGAGACAAUAAAAUUAGCUAACACCCAGGCGAGGUUCAUUUAAUAAAAUAAAUACAACCUAAUCAAAGAUUUUCUCAGGUUUCUAGAAACUUCUUAUUAAAAUGAAAAGCAUGUAAUAUUUAAUAUUUAUAUAUAACAGGCAUAAUUAUAUCAUUUUAAUAGAAGAAAACAUAUUCAGAGAAAGACAAGAAGGACAUUUGUUUGUUUUAUUUGACAUUUUUAUUUUUGGUACAAUUUUUAUGAAUGCAUCUGAAGACAGGGUGAUGUGAUGAUACUGUUCUCACACUGAAGCUGAUUAUUUUCUAUUAACAUCACAUCCUGAAGUGUUUUAUUCUUCUUACUGCUUCUUCUUUCUGCCAAAUGUGUAUUAUACAUUUAUUAAAAAAUGACAAUAACACUUGUUAUUCA